AUGAGAAGGCAUAUAAGGUAUGCCUGUUGGGGUUGCAAGGCUGUACAACAAGCUGGCUUGGUCGAUGAAGUCCUCGCAGCCAGACUUGUAGAACAGCGCCGAGUCAUCAAACUUCAGCAGGAGGAGUUAGACCAGCUACAUUUCGAGCAUCAAGUGCUCGCUGAGGAAGCUUCGCGGCUUCGCGAGGAGGUUGCAGCAUUGGAACCGCAAGAGAUGGAGGAUGAGGAGCAGGCGCAAGCGGCUUGA